GCUGAAGAGCCGCAACAACCGCGCCCCCGUCUCCCUGAGCCGCAUUGCCGUCUGCAUGAGGCGCAAGUCGGUGUGGCUGGAGAAGGGCAAGAAGGCCCCCAUCGCCGUCGUCGUCGGUGACGUGCUUGACGACGUUCGCAUGAUCCGCAUCCCGGCUCUGCGUGUGUGCGCGCUUCGCUUCUCGAAGAGCGCCCGCGAACGCAUCACCGGCGCUGGUGGUGAGUGCCUGACGUUUGACCAGCUCGCAAUGGUGGCGCCGACCGGAAAGAACACCUUCCUGCUGCGCGGCCGCAAGUCUGGGCGCGAGUCGGUGAAGCACUUUGGAGCGGCGGGUGUGCCCGGCAGCCACGCGAAGCCCUUCACAUCGAACCGCGGAAAGGAGCGCCAGCGCGUCGGCAGCCGCCGUCGUGCCUUCCGCCACAAGUGA